AUGAACAAAGGAGAAAAGUUUUGCUUUCAUACAUCUUAUCUCUCUUACUUUCUAUUUAUCUUUAUUUCUCUAUCUCUCUUGCUGACACUUUUUCUUUUCCUUGCCGUCUUUCUUUUCUUUACUUCUUUAAUUCUCUUUCUAUCUCUUUUACUUCUCUCUCUCUCUGUUUUUUCUCUCUCUUUUCCUUCCCUCUUUCCCUUCUCUCUUUUGUUUUCUCUCUUUUCUUUCUCUUUUUUCUCUCUCUUUAAUUUUUCUUUCCCUUCUUUAAUUCUCUUUCUAUCUCUCUUUUUCACUUCUUUUUCUUGCCUUCUCUCUCCUUUUUCCUUCUCUCUUUUCCUUGCCUUCUCUCUUUUGUUUUUCCCUCUUUCCUUCUCUAGUUUCCCUUUUCCUUCUUCUUUAAUUCUUUUUCUAUCUCUUUUCCUUCUCUUACUCUCUCUUUACUUCUUUAAUUCUCUUUCUAUCUCUUUUACUUCUCUUACUCUCUCUCUCUUUUUUCCUCUCUUUUUUCCUUGCCUUCUCUCUUUUGUUUUCCCUUUUUCCUUCUUUCACUCUCUCUGUUUUUACUUCUUUAAUUCUCUUUCUAUCUCUCUUUUUCUCUUUCUCUCUCUCUGUUUUUUUCACUCUCUCUUUUCCUUGCCUUCUCUCUUUUCUUUAAUUCUCUUUCUAUCUCUUUUACUUCUCUUACUCUCUCUGUUUUUCUCUUUUCCUUCUCUCUUUUUUUUUUUUCUUCUUGCUUCUUCUCUUUUACUUUUCCUCUCUCUUUUUCCUUUUCUCUUUUGUUUUCCUUUCCUUCUCUCUUUAAUUCUCUUUCUAUCUCUUUUUCUUCUCUUACUCUCUCUCUUUACUUCUUUAAUUCUCUUUCUAUCUCUUUUAUUUCUCUUACUCUUUUUGUAUCUCUUGCUUUAUUACUUUGUCUCUCUUGAUGUGACAUUCGCUUUCUCUGACCAUCUCUGUUUUGCCUUCUUUUUGUUCACUUUCUCUCCUUCUGUCUGUUUUAUUGCUCAUGAUUUCUCCCUCUCACUAGCUUUCUGCAUGCUUAUUCUUUCUCUUACUUUCUCUGUUUGUCUCUCUUGUUUUAUGUCUUUAUCUUUCUUGAUGUCCCUUUUCCUUUCUGUGGCAUUCCUUUCACAGUAUUUUCCUUCUCCCUUUCUUUCUCUCUCUCUUUUCUCUCUCCUCUACUUCUCUUUCUCUUACUUUUUUUCACUCUCUAUUUAUCUUUCUCUUGAUUUCAUUCUCUCUCUUUUUCUCUUUCUCUCUCACUUUCUCUUUUUCUUGAUUUUUCUCUUUUACUUCUCUCUCACUUGCUUUCUCUGCCUCUAUUUCUCUCUCUCUCUCUCUCUCUCUCCUUCCUCUUUGUUCUCUGUCUUCCAGUCUCUCAGAAUAAUGAUGCCACCAAAACAGACCCAAACAGACAGAAUGGUAAUCAUACACGAGGAAGAACAAAAAUACAAGGGUCUUCACAAAAAGAAACAUACGAACAGAUGUCAUUUAUCUCAAAAGCCCUUCACAGUAUUUUCAUACUCUCUCACUUUCUCUCUCUUUCUUUUCUCUCUCCUCUCUUUCUCUUUCUCUUACUUUCAUUCACUCUUCUGUCUUUCUCUAUUUAUCUUUCGCUUUCUCUCCAUUCUCUCUUUUUUUCUUGAUUUCUCUCUUUUACUCACUUGCUUUCUCUGCCUCUCUUUAUCUCUCUCCCUCCCUCCUUCUCUUUCUCUGUUUUCCUGUCUCUCAGAAUAA